CAUGAUUAGAUCUUUUAAGUAAUAUACAUAGGAGACUAGCAAAAGAUUGUUGAGUCCAUUAUAAAGUGGUCAUUUUGGAUAUAGUCCAGAACCAAACUUAAUAUCAAAACCACAAACACAUAUAGCAAGGAAAUCAAGUUUAAUAGAUUUGAGGUAGUUUGAAGAGAAAAGAUUACAACUUCCUAAGCAAAAGGAAAACAAAAUAAUCAAAAAACCUGUAACGUCUGAUCCAAUGUCAAGUAAGAAGAUAUUGCAGAUAGUAAAAGAGGCUCAAUAACAAUUAUAUUCAUCUCAAUAACCAAGAACAUAAUAAAUAGUGUAAUAAUAAAAGCAAAUAAGAGCUAUAACCUUAGAGAAUUAAAUCGAGGGACUAAAUUUUACUUUUGCUCAAAAUUUCUCGAAUAAGAAAGAAAUCAUGAAGGAGUUUUCAGCACAUAGCUUAAAAAAGAAGUUUUUUGCUUGA